AUGCUGCCCAGGGCAGCUCGAGCGCCAUGCCUGCGCUCUCCCCUGCGCUUUGCCCGCAGUGGUCCCGCCAUUGCUCGCUCAGCAUCCCCGACGACCGUGUGCUAUGCGACACAACUCCGAGUCUUUACUUCCUCCGAGGGACCUUCGAGGCGACAGGUUUCCGAGGACCCUGCAUCGAAAGUGAAACCUUCGAGUUUGAAUGCCACCCCGACGUCAGCCAGUGUGGUUCCGAAAAUUACACCAAAUGCUACGGCGGCGAAGAAUAACCUACUCAACGAGACGACUGUUGGGAAUAAGGAGCAGAGGAAGGCAGAUUGGGCCAUCAUCAAAGAAAUGGCCAAGUAUCUCUGGCCAAAGAAUGACUGGGGAACCAAGCUUCGUGUCGGAACUGCCCUAUCGUUGUUGGUUGGGGCCAAAAUUUUGAAUGUGGAGGUUCCUUUCUAUUUCAAGAACAUCGUCGAUUCGAUGAAUGUCGAUUUCGCGACUGUUGGCGGCACUGCAUAUACCGUAGCAGGCUCGAUGAUUAUUGCUUAUGGUGCUACUAGGAUCGGGGCUACGCUCUUCCAAGAACUUCGCAAUGCGGUCUUCGCGAGUGUCGCUCAGAAAGCGAUUCGCAGGGUAGCGCGAAAUGUGUUUGAGCAUCUGCUACGGCUGGAUCUCAACUUUCACCUUUCCCGCCAGACCGGCGGGCUGACACGGGCAAUUGACCGUGGAACCAAAGGUAUCAGCUUCUUGCUGACAUCGAUGGUGUUCCAUGUCGUGCCUACCGCUCUGGAGAUUUCGCUCGUUUGCGGCAUUUUGACGUACCAAUAUGGAUUCAAAUUUGCUGCGAUCACUGCAGUGACCAUGGUCGCCUAUACUGCUUUCACAAUUACGACUACCGCUUGGCGAACAAAGUUUCGAAAGCAGGCCAAUGCAGCAGAUAAUCGCGGAGCUACCGUGGCUGUGGAUUCUCUGAUCAACUAUGAAGCCGUCAAAUACUUUAACAAUGAAAAAUAUCAAGUGGCGCGGUAUGACAAAGCACUGAAGACAUACGAGGAUGCCUCAAUUAAGGUCACCACCUCUCUUGCGUUCUUGAACUCCGGCCAGAACAUGAUUUUCUCAAGUGCGUUGGCUGCGAUGAUGUACCUUGCCGCUGAUGGGGUUGCAACUGGAUCAUUGACGGUAGGAGACCUGGUCAUGGUUAACCAGCUUGUCUUCCAGCUUUCCGUUCCCCUUAAUUUCCUCGGAUCGGUGUAUCGAGAACUGCGCCAGUCUUUGUUGGAUAUGGAGACGUUGUUCAAUUUGCAGAAGGUCAAUGUUACCAUCAAGGAGAAGCCCGAUGCAAAGCCACUUCGGCUUCCCAGAGGAGGCGAGAUCAAGUUUGAGAACGUUACCUUCGGCUACCAUCCGGACCGUCCCAUCCUCAAGAACGCUAGUUUCACCAUUCCUGCUGGCCAGAAAUUUGCUAUCGUUGGACCCAGCGGAUGUGGCAAGUCCACCAUCCUGAGACUGCUCUUCCGCUUUUAUGACGUACAAGAGGGCCGGAUCUUGAUUGAUGGUCAAGAUGUGCGCGACGUGACACUUGAAAGCUUGCGGAAGGCGAUUGGAGUCGUGCCACAGGAUACCCCGUUGUUCAAUGAUACCAUUGCACAUAACAUCCGCUAUGGAAGAAUUGAUGCAACCGACGAGGAAGUGCACAAAGCUGCGCAACGAGCACACAUUGAUGAACUGAUUCGAAAGUUACCGGAGGGUUAUGACACUGCGGUAGGAGAACGAGGUAUGAUGAUCUCCGGGGGCGAGAAACAGCGGCUGGCUAUCUCUCGCCUGAUUUUGAAGGACCCGGAACUUCUCUUCUUUGACGAAGCGACCUCGGCCCUCGACACCUAUACGGAACACGCGUUGUUGCAGAACAUCAACAGCAUCCUGAAGGACAAAAAACGCACCAGCGUUUUUGUGGCCCAUCGACUGCGAACGAUCUAUGACAGCGAUCAGAUCCUUGUUCUGAAGGAUGGACGCGUGGCAGAGACGGGAUCCCACCGCGAACUUCUGGAGCUGGGCGGCAUCUAUUCGGAGCUCUGGAAUGACUGUACAGCCCAGGAAAUGUCUCUUGCACACGAGCCGGAGGUUGAGCGAGACGCCGAGCUUGAUGAAGUGGAACCAGAGGAGAGAGAUAUGCCACCUGGGCCAAGAUCGUAG